UGCCGAGUGAGUGACUGGGUGAAGGAGGAGGUUAAACGCCGGGCUGGAAACACAGGGAGUGAAGCUGAUAAACGGAGGCUCCUGAACACGAUGCACUACCUGUUUGAGUCUCAGAAUCCUGCACUGGCUCAGCAGACACUGGGAUCUGCGGAAACACUUUCAUUCUAUGGACAGGGACUCACCCCGAUUGACUGUGCGGUCCUGUCUCAUGUCAUCAGGCCCUGUGAUACAAUCAAACACCUCGAUCUAUGGAGCUGCCGCAUUCAGUGUGAAGGUCUCCAGCGGCUGGGACCGGCUCUGCACAAGUGUCAGUACUUGGGACUGGGAGACAACGAAGACCUGGGAGAUUCCGGAGUGAAACUGGUGUCUGAUGCUCUGAGGAACCCGGACUGUAAAAUACAGAGACUGGGGCUGGACAGUGUCGGUCUCACAGAUUCUGGAGCCGAGGAUCUCGUCUCUGCUCUCAGUACAAACCAUACGGUGACGGAGCUGGACCGGAGUGAGAAUAAACUGGGAGACCCCGGAGUGAAACUGGUGUCUGAUGCUCUGAGGAACCCGGACUGUAAAAUACAGACACUGCGGCUGGACAGAGUCGGUCUCACAGAUUCUGGAGUCAAGGAUCUCGUCUCUGCUCUCAGUACAAACACCUCACUGAUGAAGCUGAACCUGACAGACAAAUCCCUCACAGACCGAUGUGUCCCCGCUCUCCGCCGCCUCAUACUGACCCUCCCGAGUCUGGAGCUGAUCUCGCUGGUGGAGAAUAAGUUCAGUGCAGACGGACGGAACCAGCUGCAGAGUCUGCAGGGAACCAGACGCGGACUGAGUGUGGUCGUGUGAACAUCUCUGGGUGUAAACGUCACCGCCCUGGGCCGAUUCCCUGCCCCUCCCCUUUAAGCGGCCGCCCAUCCUCCCCUUUAAACCCCGACGCUUCGCGGGCGGACCGGACGGUGACGUCAGAGGCGACCCUGCCCGCUGUCACGUGACCCGGGUACGUGGCGCUGCUGAUGCUACCAGGCCGGUGCUGCUCCCAGUGGGGGAUGGUGGCAUUGCAGCCGGACCUGGAGGAUCCCAGAUGUGACUUUAUCAUCAGUGAUCCCCGCUCCUGCUGUGGAUUAAUGGUGACAACAGCAGCAGCAGCAACAGCAGCAGCAGCAGCAACAUGCCCCUUCUACACUAGU